AUGGAGGAGGGCGGCCGGAGCCCCCGCGAGGAGGCGGCCGAGCCGCAGGAGUGCGGCGGCGACGCGGAGCCCGGCGGCGGGCGGCGGGCGCUGCUGCUGCCCGCGGUGCUGCCGGCGCCCGGCGAGGCGCCGCACCCGCACCCGCACCGCAUCACCAACUUCUUCAUCGACAACAUCCUGCGGCCCGAGUUCGGGCGGAGGAAGGAGGCGGGCGGCGCCGGCGCCGAGCCCCGGCGGCCCGGCGCGGAGAGCCGCCGCAGCCCCGCCGCGGCGCCGGCCCCCGGGGCGCCGCUGCCCGCCGGCGGGGCCGGCUCGCCGGGCCGGGGGGAGGGCGGCCCCGCGGCGCUGGCCCUGCACGGCGCCGCCAAGAAGGGCGGCGACCCGGCGGCGCUGGAGGCGGCCCUCAAGGCGCGGGGGCUCGGCGGCGGCGAGCUGUCGGUGAGCUCGGACUCGGACAGCUCCCAGGCCAGCUCCAACGCCGGCGCGCAGCCCAUGCUCUGGCCCGCCUGGGUGUACUGCACGCGCUACUCGGACAGGCCCUCCUCAGGUCCCCGCUCGCGCAAACCAAAGAAGAAGAACCCCAACAAGGAGGACAAGCGGCCGCGCACCGCCUUCACGGCCGAGCAGCUGCAGAGACUCAAGGCCGAGUUCCAGACCAACCGCUACCUGACGGAGCAGCGGCGGCAGAGCCUGGCCCAGGAGCUGGGCCUCAACGAGUCCCAGAUCAAGAUCUGGUUCCAGAACAAGCGCGCCAAGAUCAAGAAGGCCACGGGCAGCAAGAACUCGCUGGCGGUGCACCUCAUGGCCCAGGGGCUCUACAACCACUCCACCACGGCGAAAGACGGCAAGUCGGACAGUGAAUAGGGGCGGGCGGCGGGGGGGCGGUCGAAGUUUAUACAAUGCAAUAAUUUAAUUAAAAAAAAGAAGAAGGGCCAGUGUAUAAAGAUUAUACCAGCAUUAAUAGUGAAAAUAUCGUGUACUAGAUAUAAUUCUGCAAUAUUCUAUGUAUAUAUAAUUUACAGGUAAGGUGGUGUAAAAAUCCGAGAUAUCUGAUUAUAAAAUAUUUUUUGAUUUUUUUCCCUUUGGUUUUGGGGGUUUGGUUGGUUUUUUUUGUUUUGGUUGUACGGAGAUUUUAGAUGCUAUCUUUAUGAUUUUUUUUAAUGCUUAAGUUACAUUUUUAUAGACUUAAGCGCUGUUUUAAUGGACAUCGGACACUGUUUUUUGAAAUUCAAAAAAAAAUUAAAAACAACUUUUGCUGAAGUCCAAAGAUUUUUAUUGCUGCAUUUCACACGACUGUGAACCGAAUAAAUAGUUCUCCUAUUUGUUCUA